AUGUCAUGCGAACCGUUACAAUUGACUGCAAUGAUUGGAUUAGUUGGAACAUUACUACACUAUGGCACUCAGGAAGAUGGCCAGUCUUUCCAGUCUUUCAGGACAAGUAUAUUUGCUCCGUCCGCCCCUACGGCCUUCUGGAGCGGUGCAGAGUUCGAUUCCAGCCCUAAACUGAAACAUCGAGAGCAGCGGUUUAACCGUGGUCCCGAUUCAGUAGCUCCUACAUUUCAGUUGAGCCCGAUUUUUGAUGAGCGAGGCGAGAAAGAUAAGAAAGGUACCAAGGAAAAGGUCAUUCCUUGUUUUCUGAAGAUCUCCCACCAGCCUAAACACCAAAGCAUGUUUCUUAUGAAACGUCUCAUUAUGACCGGCGUUAAUCGAACAUGGACCUACACAAAACAUAAACACUAUUUCAGUCAUUCCACACGUUUCGGCCACGAAGGGCCGGUUAUUCGAGGUAGAGCCGUCACACCGAAGAGUGGCAUGGUCUUCGACGACCAAGGUGUCAAGGAUCGGAAACCAUCGACAGAGGAAAUCAGAAUGCAAAAGUAACUUCCGAUUCAGUUCAAAGACAAGAUGGUCAGUUUUUGAUGGACCGACGCUAAUAUACCGUCUCGGAUCUGCACAAGGAUGGUGACGAAACAACAGCUAUCAAUGGAUAGAAAGAGUACAGAUAAAAGCUGAAACAAAUGUUAAGCCACUGCAGCUGGCGCGUCUGAGGACAAAGAAGGAUCCCCGUACCUAAACGACCCCUGCACCACCAUACAACCACGGCCAGUCCUAAAGUCACAGCGAAUAUCAUCACCUAAGACUCAAGACAAGCACAUCGACGUACUACGUUUGGUUCUUUUCUUAUACAUGAUUCGAUGCCCGCAUUCUCUGCAGCGAAUAGGUUCACGAGUCUUGAUCUCGUUCUUGGCACCACAGUCUGCCCG